AUGCCUCCAGAUGUGAAGGCAUCGCUUCGACUUAUCCGUCCAAGUGUGCGCCAACUCAAAAAAGAAGCAGCUAAAGCUGCGGUGCAGAAGUAUCAGGAGGUGCCGCUCAACGAGAGGUGGGAAAUUUUAAAGCGGAAGAGUAACGGAGCAAACGCACAUGAGGAGAUCGCCGAGAUUCACGAAGCCGUGGAAACAUCAAAGGGGGCAGCGCGAUGCCUCUUUGGCUGCGGAACCUUCUUCAACACAUCGGCACUUGCUAGGCACGUUCGCAAGCUCCACAUGCACAUCUUCAAGACAAGAUUCGUGUGUCCCGAGUGGAAGCGGAUGAAACGUGAGGAAGCGGUGAUUGAGGCGAAUCCCGGUGCCUGGAGCAGUCAUGUUCGAAGAGUACAUUGCAAAGUCUACGCGCCGAACCUGGAAUCUCUACCGGACGCCCUCUGUCUCUUGCGCGGCCAAUAA